AUGGCUGAAGCAGAGGCGAUCGGUGCAGCCGUGGACGUGGACACCGUGGACGAUGCUGUGCCCUCAGAGUUUCCGGCCGGGAAUGCGCAAGCGGAGCAAGAGGCACGAGCACAGCGGCGGUACUCGGCCACCCUAGCGAGGUGGGUGUCGGCCAUGAAGGUGCUCCGACCGGACCUGGUUCGAUCGAUCUUUGCCUACCAGGCCCUCUCCUUCAUGGGCAGUGCCCUGCGUGGCGGCGGCGUGCGAAAACUGCAGCGCCUGCAUCGACGGAGCCGAGCCACCGAAAGCAUCGACGAGUUUUGGACGCAUUCCUGGCAACUUGGCCCUACCCAAAAGUUCCUCUGCCUCUUGUUCUUGAAGAAUGGCCUGCCUGCCAGCGUGGCUGGUACGUUGGCGGCCUGUAUUCCAUUCUUUUUGAUGUACUACGGCUACUUGUCGGACGCGUAUCGUCCGGCAUGGCACCCAGAACCUGGGCAAAUCCCAUACUUCUGCACGGCGGCCGGGACGGUUACCUCGGUGCUGACACUUUUCCUCUGGCCGUCGCGAGCCAAAGUGUUCCUGGACGUCUGCUGCAUCGAUCAGGUGGACGCGCAGAAGAAGGCCGAAGGCAUCGCCAGCUUGGCAGGGAUAUUGAAGCAGUCCAAACGACUGCUGGUACUCUGGGACCACACCUACAUCGAGAGGCUUUGGUGCGUGUUUGAAGUCGCCGCUUUCCUGCAUCGCAGCGGGAAGCCGCGGGCUGUGAUACGGCCUACACUCCUGGGGCCUGCAGCGAUGGUGGCUUGGGCGGCAAUCCCAAUCAUUGGAUUCUUCUGGACGCUCCUCUAUUCAUGGCCAGAGAAGAACCAACUAUACAACGUGUAUGUGGUUCAGGUCUUCUUCUAUGUGACGUUUUAUUGGGCGACGGCGGUCAUGAGGGCCUAUCAUCACAGCGUUGAGAUCUUUCACAGACAGCUGCGCAGCUUCCGGCUAGAGGACACAAAAUGCAGGUGUUGCACUGUGAACCAUGUCGCAGAAGAUGGCACGGUACUGCCUUGCGAUCGCCAGAUUGUGGAACGAUGCAUUCGCAACUGGUUCGGGAGCGUGCAGCAGUUUGAAGAAUUUGCAGCACCUCUCUUGCGUUCCACCUUCGACCAGCAGCUUGGACAGGACAUGUUCCCCUACGGCUACUUCCUGAUGAUUUUCUGUCCAAUCCUUUGGGCCGGUCUAGACACGAGCAUCGGGACGUGCUGGCCUUGCACCAAGUCGGCGGCGGAAGGUGACCGACAGUGGUUCGCAUACUUUCUUUGUUACUUCCUGGGCCUAUGGCUGGGCGUCAUGCCCACCACAGCCAAGGUGGGCCUGUACCUCAUGAACCGCUUCUCCGCUCCUCGCCGCUACCUGGUGUGUGACGUGCUGCUGAACCUGAUGAUCGUCACGGUGAUGAAUUUGGUCUGGGGCGUUUUCUUGCAGGUGGGCGUGGUCUUCAACGACAACGACCCGAGAAUACUGAGAGAGGUGAUCAGAGACUCCUACACUCGCUCCGCGCUCCUUUGCGUCACGUUUGUCAUGCCGGCUGUGCUACUCUUUGGUUUGCCAGAACUUCUCAGACUUUGCCGAUCCCAUCAUCCGAUUGCGAGGGCGGCUGUCUAA